UGACUCUCUAUGCUCCCAUCCUAUCCACCGCGCUUCUUCUCUGAGCCACAUUUCUCCUCCCCCACUCUGCUUCUCCCAUCAAAACCCUAAAGCCACAUCGAUCCCGCUCUCCGAAAACCUCAAUAAUGGCGCCCGAACCCCUCCUCCUCCUCCUCCUCCUCCUCCUCCUCGUACCCCUCCUCUUCCUCGCCUCCGCCGAUCCCUCCUCCGACGAUCUGGUGGCGGAGCUUGAGACCCUCCGAUCGCGCUCUCCCUCCGGCGUGAUCCACUUCAACGACGCCGCCGUGUCCCGCUUCCUCUCCUCCCUCGUCUUCUUCGACGCCGCGCAUCUCCGCUCCAACCCCGAUCUCCACCUCCGCGAGCUCCGAUCCGAGUUCGCCCUCCUCUCCGCCUCCUUCUCCGCCCACAACCCCUCCUCCUCCCGCCUCUUCUUCGCCGAUCUCGAGUUCGGGGAGUCCCAAUCCUCCUUCUCCCUCUUCGGCGUCAACUCCCUCCCCCACAUCCGCAUCGUCACCCCCAACGCCGGAUCCCUCCGCGACUCCGAGCCCAUGGACCAAUCCAACUUCGCCGCUGGCGCCGAAUCCAUGGCGGAGUUCGUCGCGUCCCGCACCGGCCUCUCCCUCGGCCCGAUCCAGCGCCCGCCCCCGCUCUCCCGGGGCCAGAUCGUCGCCCUCGGCGUGCUCCUCCUCAUCCUCUCGCCAUUCGUGAUCAAGCGUAUCCUCCAGGGCGACACGAUCUUCCACGAUCGCAAGCUCUGGAUGGCCUCCGCGAUCUUCGUCUACUUCUUCAGCGUGUCCGGCGCGAUGCACGGCAUCAUCCGGAAGACGCCGAUGUUUCUGAGGGAUCGGAACAAUCCGGACCGGCUGAUAUUCUUCUACCAGGGAUCAGGGAUGCAGCUCGGAGCAGAGGGUUUCGCGGUGGGGUUCCUGUACACGAUCGUGGGGCUGGUGAUCGCAUUCGUGACGCAUGUGUUGGUGCGCAUCAGGAGCUUGGCGGUGCAGAGGACCUUCAUGCUAGUGGCCAUGGUGAUAGCUUAUUGGGCUGUGAGGAAGGUGAUCCAUUUGGAUAAUUGGAAGACCGGAUAUGGAAUUCACGCCUUCUGGCCCAACAGUUGGAGAUGAUCCGGCUGAAGGAGCGGAGGAAGAAGGGUCUUCUUCCUCUUUGUCAUAGUUUGGGAGAUCUAUUGAAUAUUAGUAUUGACUAUUGCUUUAGAAAUGUAAUGACAUUUCUCGAAGAUACAUGCUCACAUCUGAAGUGGAGUAAUCUUGUUCUAGUUUUCGGUGUUAUGGUUUAUGUCAUGGUCCUCAUCGAUGGAUAGAGGAGGUUUUGAGUUGAGAACACAGGUAAAUGCGGAGUAUCUGACAGCUUUCAGAGUGUAGUGCUUAGUAUGGAACUGAAAAUUUGUUUACAUUGCAAAUGUGGGAUUUUGUUGUUUAAUUUAGUCUGAGUUAAUUGCGAAUUUUUACAGGUUACACAUAAGAGUGAAUUUAUAAACUUGUUGCUAAUAAACCAGCCAAUCAGUUUCCUCAAACAAAAUUCUACUUGUACAUUUCAUUAUAGGGUGUAAAUUUUACACCGAUAUGCGAGGUGUACAGUAGCACUGCUUUUUUUCUUAAAUAAAUGUUGAAAACUGAUACUGUUUUA